GAAAAGAAUAUCUGAAGCUCCCCCCUUUCUUCACGCAUACCAGCCAAAAAUUACGCCUCCGCCAAAUUACUAUACUUCAGAUUGACUGUCUCUCAAUUAUAUGUGUGUGUGAGAGAUCUCCGGCAGUAAUGCCUCAAAGCGGCGGCGCAGCCGCCAAAUCUCAGCCGCUCCCUCUAGUCGUGACGCUCAAUUGCAUCGAAGACACACUUUUGGAGGAGGAAUGCCUCAGCUGCGUGGCGGAGGUGGAGCACGUGUCGCUCAGCCGGCUGGCGGAGUCGCGGAUCGAAUCGGCCACGGCUGUGCUAAUCCACUCGCUCUCGUUACUUCCACGCGCCGCGCAGCGCCGCUUCCGGCCGUGGCAACUGAUUCUGUGCCUCGGAUCGUCCGACCGCGCCGUCGACUCGGCUCUGGCCUCGGAACUUGGGCUGAACCGGCUGAUCCAUGUGGACGUGAGCCGGAGCGAGGAGGUGGCGGACACUGUGAUGGCGCUUAUUUUGGGGCUACUGAGGCGGACGCAUCUCCUCUCGAGGCACACGCUCUCGGCUUCCGGGUGGCUCGGCUCGGUACAGCCGCUCUGCCGUGGAAUGCGACGGUGUCGUGGAUUGGUUUUGGGGAUUGUUGGUAGAUCCGCCUCUGCGACGUCGUUGGCUAAUAGGAGCUUGGCGUUUAAGAUGAGUGUGUUGUACUUUGAUGUUCAAGAGGGAAAUGGUAAAAUAAGUAGAUCUUCCUUAACAUUUCCCGCUGCUGCUAGAAGAAUGGAUACACUUAAUGACUUGCUUGCUGCAAGUGACCUAAUAUCCCUUCACUGUGCUCUGACUAAUGAUACAAUUCAAAUCAUCAAUGCAGAUUGUUUACAGCAUAUAAAGCCUGGGGCUUUUCUUGUAAAUACUGGGAGCAGCCAGCUGUUGGAUGAUUGUGCUGUGAAACAACUUUUGAUUGAUGGCACGCUUGCAGGCUGUGCCCUUGAUGGUGCUGAAGGUCCACAAUGGAUGGAAGCCUGGCUAAGGGAGAUGCCCAAUGUUCUAAUACUUCCUCGCAGUGCUGACUACAGUGAAGAAGUGUGGAUAGAGAUUAGGGAAAAGGCAAUUUCCAUACUACAGCAAUUCGUCGUUGGUAAUGCCAUUCCAAAGAAUGCUGUAUCUGAUGAGGAAGAUGAGGAGGAAAGUGAGUUGGAGAGUAAGAACAAACAUAGUCCCAUGCUGGAGAGCGAAACUUCAUUCCAAGGUUCAGCGAGUGAGCUACAGGCAGAAAGUUCCCAGAAAAAAGUUUUGAAUCAGUCAAAAGAUAAUUCUCCCCAAAAUCAAAGCUCUGUUUUGUCUCAAAGUAAUAUGAAUAGAUCUGAAACAAAGCGAAACAGAUCAAGUAAGAAGGCUAAGAAGAAGCAUGGCCGGCAAAAAUCUCAGAAUAAAGCAGAUGGCGCAUUGACAUUUGAGAAAGAAAGUUCUUCAUAUAGAGAAGAUGAUGCUACUAUGAGUGGCACAGAUCAAGUUCUGAGUUCUAGUGAAGAUUCAAGGAAUAGGAAAACACCAGUUGACUCAAAAGCAGAAUUAACUCCAGAGCUGCCGCUAAACUCAAGCCGAGAACUUGUUAAAAAAUCGGGUGAACUGCUGAAAGAUGGCUUCAUUGUAUCUUUACACGCAAGAGACCAUCCUGCACUUCAUGUCUCAAGGCAAAGAGUCAAAGGUGGUGGGUGGUUCCUGGAUACAUUGUCAAAUGUCACAAAAAGAGACCCUGCAGCCCAGUUCCUGGUUGUGUAUCGAAACAAGGAUACGAUUGGGUUUAGAUCAUUUACUGCUGGAGGAAAGUUAUUACAGAUAAAUAGAAGGAUGGAAUUCGUAUUUGCCAGUCAUAGCUUUGACGUGUGGGAAAGUUGGACAGUUGAGGGUUCUCUCGAAGAGUGCAGGCUGGUGAACUGCAGAAAUCCUCUGGCUGUGUUGGAUGUGCGCAUUGAAAUCGUUGCUGCUCUAGGUGAAGACGGCAUCACUCGCUGGCUCGAUUAGCUGUUGGACGUACAAAUGUUAAAAGUCCUUUAACACAUGAAAGACGCAUUACAUGGAUGCAUUCCUUUUUACGAAUCAUCUUCAUGAGACAAUAUUGUUGUAGUUGGAAACAUAGGCCUAUUGCAAUUCAAUUCUCAAGUAUUUGCAUGCUUAUUUUGACGUCUAAUAUACUGAGUGAUUUGUCUCAAAGCUCAUUCAAUCACAUUUUGGUUUCUAAAACCGAACCUUGUGGAUUA